AAAACGUCAAAAUUUAUAAGUUGCUUUCGAUAACGUUGUUCGCGGAUUCUAUACUUUGUGAUUCGGGGCAAAGAGAUCUUAGAAAAUUUAUAUAAUCGAACGCGAACCGAGCAAUGAGAGUGGAUUACCAAACGAUACCGAACAGAGUCAUCAUAUUUACAUAAUCGAACGCAGUAUUUCUUUAUUGUUUAAAAAACUUGUUUAAUCGUAAAUGUUUUGCAAUGUAAGAGUAGAUUAUUGAUUUUGACAAAAAUUAUUUUGUUUUAAUUAAAUGAAGAAAAAAAUCCGGGUAUACAGUAAAAGAAUAUAAACUCCCUGGGGAUGUAAGUGAAUGAAUAGUAAAUUAAAUCCAAAAUCUGACUGUGCCAUUGAAGAUGAACUUAAAAGUAAUGAGAUUAUGAAAAUGAAGAAACAACAAUCAUUUAAAGAAUUUCGAAAAUUAGUUGCUAAUAUUGUCAACACCGAUAAGAAAACUGAAAAAAUAAAAUACUUAAAAAACACAUUUUCUAAUUUAUCCUCAGUUGAAGACAAAAUUUUAUGGUGUAAAUUAUUGUUACCUGAUAUAAGUCAUGAUGUUCAUUUAUCAAUUGAACAAUUAUUAAAGCACUUGAGUAAUAUAUUUGCUGUUGAUGAAAAUCAAAUGUUGCAAAAUUUUCAAUUCGAGAAAGAUUUUGGAGAGGCAAUUGGAAAGGUUUUUGAGGAAAAUAUCAACAUAAAACCAAGUAGAAAAAGUAUUUUGACUGUGAAUGAUGUAAAUAUAUUUUUAAAGGGGUUAGCAAAAGUUAAGGAAGAAGAUACCAAGGAAUAUUUCAAGUUGUUCAUACCGAAAUGUACAGUGAAUGAUCUGAUUACUUUGAUAUAUUUGAUUAGCGGCAAUUUACACAUGGAAGUUAAAUCUAAGAUUAUUGUAAAUAGCAUUAUUAAUGAAGAAGCUUAUGAUUUUUACAAAAAAUGUAUGGAUUUGGAAGUUGUUUUUGAUAAAUAUUUAAAACGUAUAGAAAAAAAUACACUACAAAUAAUUUCAAAUGAAGUACUAGUAUCACCUAUUGAACCAAUGACUGCAAAAAUAUGUGCUGUUGAAGACGUUUUCGAAACAUAUCCUAAUGGGAUGUAUGCAGAAAUUAAACUCACUGGAGAACGUGUUCAAGUUCACAAGUUUGGAAAUGAAUUUAGGUACUUUUCACUAAACCUUGAUCCUUUUCCUUUGAAUAAGAUUACUGGUUUCGAGGAUAAUAUAAAAAAAUCUUUUGUGAAUAGUGAUAAUAUUAUUGUUGAUGGGGAAUUGGUGUUACUGGAAAACAAAACUAAGAGACUUUUACCGUUUUUUAGAUUUAACAAUCAUGAAAAGUUAAAAUUCAAAGAUGCUACUCUUUGUCUCUAUAUAUUCGAUUGUUUAUAUUUUAAAAAAAAUUUGAUGCAAUAUACUCUAAAUAAACGAAGGGAGAUACUAAAAAAUAAUGUAAUAGAAAUUCCCAACUGCAUAUAUAUAUUGGAAAUUCAAGAAAUUUAUACGCAAGAUGAUUUGGAUAGAAUGAUGCAAAAAGCUCUCAAACUACAUGCCCAAGGAUUGGUUUUGAAGGAUAUUGAAGGGAAAUAUGAACCAGGAAAAAAUAAUUGGCUAUUAGUAAAUAAUUUUAAUCAAAAAAAUAAAAAUGUACCAGCAACUGAUAUUGAUAAUUUUUCACUUGUUGAAAGUGAAGACAUUAACACUGAAAAAACAGUAAUUGCCAAAACAAUUGAUCCAAAUUCUACAAAAUCGAAAAAAUUAGUUACAAAUGAUAAAGAAAAUCUAAGAUAUGUCUCCUCAGAAAAAGAUAGCAAAACAUUAUUAUCAGAACUAGCUAUUGAAUGUGCAGAUUGGUUUGAAAAUAGCAAUGAAAACAUUCCAACAAGUCCAAAAAUUUGUUAUACUACUUCAGAAAAGAAGAAAGAUGGAACUGAGGAAACAAAUUUAAAAGAAAGUGUUAACAAUAAUUCAAUAACUGAUAAGAAGACUGUAGAACUUGAAGAUCUUUCUAAUGUUUAUAAUGAAGAUGAUGGUACUUCACUUUGUUUAGAAGAAAGGGUUGAUGAUGACCUUUCCCCAGAAUCAAAUUUAUUAAUUCAUAAUGAUACUUCAAACUUAAACCAAACUGGAACCAAUAAUGUAAUAGAUAAGGAUCUAAUACAAAAUGAACAGAAUUCUGCUUCCUGCUUAGACAAAAAUCUAAAUCAAAUGUCCUUAAAAUGUAUACACAAAGUGGGUUCCAAAGGAUCAAAUCUUAAGAAAAUUGAUAAAAAUAUAAAAAUUUCUAGAGAUGUAUUUAAUAUUGGGAGUUUAGAAAGUGAAGAUCGUGCUGAUAAUGAAAGUGUUCAAAAAGACAAGUCAAAAGAAUCAAAUUUAAAUGAAGUAAAUACAGAUGAUAAGAAUGUGAACAAAAAUGAAGAAUUUGAUUGUAUUUCUACAAAAACAUUUGAUUAUAUUACAGAUAAAGAAAAUGAACAUAAUUCUGUUAUUUGUAUGGAUGAAACUAAUGAAGAUAUUAUGAACUCUUCAGAAGAAAGUGUUAAUACUGAGGUUUCUAUGAUUGUUAAUGUGACUGGAGUAAAUUCUGAUGCGGCUGAUACAACAGAUGAUGAAAGUGAAGAACUUUCUUUGAUUUGUAUUGAUGAUAAUGAUGAAUGUACUAAAAAUACAGAAUGUUUAGAAGAUAAUAGUGGGAACAAAAAUAUAAACAAUGAAGAGGUUCCCAAUAUAAGUUGUGAAACAAAACUUUCCUCUGAAUCAAAUUUGUAUGAAGAAAAUCGAAAUGUAGACAAUGAUGGUACGAAUAUAAAGAAAAUUGAUGAGAAAAAAUAUAUUUAUAAAGAAAAAGUUGGCUUAGAAAAUAAAAGUGAUUCUGAAUCUGAGGACAUUUUGGUUAAAAGAAUUAUAGAAGGAAGUAUUGACAAGGUAGUUCCAGCAGGAUCAAAUUUAGAUGGAAAUAGUGAUGAUGCACAUGAAACUAAUACAGAUAAAGAAGAUGAGGAAAACUCUUGUGAUGAAAUUAUAAGGAAAUAUGUUCAAACAGAAUCACGUGAAGAUAUUGUUGAAGCAAACCACUCAUUUCUAUUGGAUACAUAUAAAGAUGAACUUCAUAAAUCUUCUACAAUUAGAGAAAAUAGAAAACGUAAAUUUACAGGUACAUCGAAAUGUGUACCUAAAAAAUCAACAGCUGUUCUUAAAAUUGUUCUUGAAAGGUUAAUACUUGAACGUGAUUCCAAAAACAGGAAUGUAAAUGAUAGUAAUGAAGAUGAUAUUGAUAAAUAUGAAGAUCUCGUUGAAGUUGGAAAUAUGAUCAGAUCAAAUAAACAUAUGAAUUCAUAUACAGAGACUUGUUCUACCAAUAACAAUGAAAAAAAAAAGAAACAUAAUAAAAGUAAAUCAUUUUGUAGAAUAAGUAGAAAUGAUUCUGAUAGUUCUACAGAUGAGGAAAAACAAAAAAAUUCAGUUAAAGAAAUAAAGAGUAAAAGUAUUGAAAAAAUUACUAAAACAAAUUUAAUUUUGAAAAAUACACCUGAAACACGUAAACUUGUUAAUUUGAAUGAAUCAGAUACAUCUCCAAACUUGAAGAAACCCAUGAAAAAUACUAACGUUGCAACAAAAAAAAUUGAUACUAUUCUAGAUAGAUCAGAAAAUAAGAUUAUAGAAAAUUCAGAUUAUUCCAAUAGUAAUGAUAAUUAUAAUUACGAAGAUAUUUAUAAUGAAGAUUGUUUAGGAGAAAGUGAUAAGAAUGAAGUUUUUACAGAAACAAACGUGGAAAUAAUUAGUGAUCACGAUGAAAAUAAAAUCGAAUUUACAUCAACACUAAAUGAAGAUAUACAUAAAAAAUCAACAGCCCUAUUAAAAGUUGCUCUUGAAAGACUCGAUCACAAGAAGUUGUUUCAAAAAAAUUGGAUCACUAACUAUAGGGAUGAUGAGAAAACUGAUGAAGAAGAUAUAGAUAUAGAAGAAGAUACUGAUGACGUUGGAACAUUAAGAAAACGUUUCGGAACUAAUAAAAGAAGUCGAGAGCAUUCUCAUGCUGAUGAUAGCUCUACAGACUAUGAAUAUGAAGUAAAGCGAAGAUUUAAGAGAAUUAAAAUAAGGCAAUCAGUUCGUAGAAGAAUCAAAAGAGACAGCAAUAUAUCUAAUAUUUCUACGGGAGAAGAUAAAAAUGUAAUUGAAGAAAAAGUGAAGUCGUCUAAAAACAAUUCAGUUGCGAAUGUAAAUGGAACUAUUAGAAAUAAACUACGCGAAAGAAAGAGAAUCUUUUCGGAUACUUAUUCAUCAUCCAGUACAUCCAGUAGUCCACGUAGAUUUUCGUUAAAAAAUGAAGAUGAAAAUUUGAUAAAAUUGAAGAAAAACAAAUAUGAAGGUGAACAAAUAAGUGUGUCAGGUUUAAAUCAAAAUGUCGAAUCGAAUAUUAUUGUUUUAAGUUCCGUCACAGACGAUGAAAGCAAUUCUUUUGAUAAUGAUGAAAUAACGAAGAAAUCUAGCGGAUAUUCAGUGCUAAUUACUCCCUUUAAAACCAAGAAAGACGAUAGUUCAAUGGAAAAAAAGCCAGAUAAUACCACAAAAGAAUUGAAUAUUAUUUUGGAAGACCUCGGAAGUUCGCAAUUAGUGUCUGCCAAUAAUAAAAGGAUCAUCAGUACAAUGGAAAGAGACCGAAUUGGAGCUUGGGGCAAUGGAGAUCAUUUGGCACCUGGAAAAGUUUCUGGACUGGAAAGGUUAAGACUACCAGCUUUGAAUAAGGGAUUGGCUUUUACUUUCGAAGAACGACAGAUACUUGGUAUCCACGGGUUGUUACCACCAGUAGUAAAAACUCAAGAACAGCAAAUUCAGCAUUGCAAACAAUGUUUGGACAGAUUAGACAACGAUUUGAACAAAUACUUGUAUCUGAUUGCAUUAUUAAAUCGCAACGAAAAAUUAUUCUUCAGUUUCGUUCGAAAAUAUGUGCACGAUAUAAUGCCGUUAGUGUAUACGCCCGUUGUAGGAUUGGCCUGUCAAAAUUUUGGUUUGGUUUAUAGAAGAGAACGUGGUAUAUACGUCACUAUAUACGAUAAGGGACACGUUUACGAAAUCAUGAAAAAUUGGCCAGAGGAAGAUGUACGAGCAAUAGUAGUUACUGACGGGGAACGUAUUUUAGGUCUAGGAGAUCAAGGAGCGUGCGGUAUGGGAAUACCAAUUGGUAAACUUUCCCUUUAUACCGCUCUAGCUGGUAUAAAACCUCAUCAAUGUCUACCAAUCACUAUCGAUGUUGGUACAAAUAAUGAAACGCACUUGAACGAUCCUUUGUAUAUAGGUCUAAGACAAAAGCGAGUGCGAGGUCAAGAUUACGAUGAAUUGUUAGAUGAAUUCAUGGAGGCGGUGGUACGAAGAUGGGGACAAAAUACUUUAAUACAAUUCGAAGAUUUUGGUAAUUCGAACGCCUUUAGGCUUUUGGAAAAGUACAGAUAUAGUUAUUGUACUUUUAACGACGACAUUCAAGGAACCGCAAGUGUUGCUGUAGCUGGACUUUUAGCUUCACUUAGAAUUACCAAAACGAGAUUAUCUGAUAACGUGAUUGUAUUCCAAGGUGCGGGUGAAGCUAAUUUGGGUAUAGCUCAAUUGUGCGUGAUGGCGAUGAAAAAUGAAGGAACUUCGGAAUAUGAUGCAAAACAAAAAAUCUGGAUGGUGGAUUCCAAAGGACUGAUAGUUAAGGGAAGACCGGAAGGAGGGAUAUCUGAACAAAAAGCAGUUUACGCGCAUUGUCACGAACCCGUCAGAACUUUAACCGAAGUAGUAAAAUUGAUAAAACCAUCGAUUCUAAUCGGCGCUGCGGCCAUCGGCGGUGCAUUUACUACAGAAAUUUUACAAGAAAUGGCAAAGAACAAUAAAAAUCCCGUAAUAUUCGCUCUAAGUAAUCCUACUAAUAAAGCCGAAUGUACAGCUGAAGAAGCUUAUAAGGCAACAAACGGCACUGCAAUAUUUGCCAGCGGGAGUCCUUUUGAUCCUGUUACUUUUAACGGAAAAACUCACACGCCCGGACAAGGUAACAACUCUUACAUUUUCCCUGGUAUUGGCUUAGCCAUAGUUACAGCCGGUAUCCAACACGUUGGGGAAGAACAUUUCUUAAUUGCAGCUGAGGCUUUAUCUGACUUAGUCUCAGAAAGUGACUUGGAGAAUGGAAGUAUAUAUCCUCCACUAACAACUAUUGUAAAUUGUUCCUUAAAAAUUGCCACCAGGCUCGUUGAAUACGCCUAUAAAAAAGGUAAUGCUACGGUCCAACCGGAACCAGAAGAUAAGGAAGCAUUUAUUAAAGCACAAAUGUACAAUACUGAUUAUGAACCCGCUUUUCCAACGGUGUAUUCAAUUCCGAAAAUCAAAUAAAACAAGUAAUAAUUACAUUGUAAAUGCUGUUAUAUUAUUUCAAUUUAUAAAUGUCAAAUAUAUAAAUUAACUUCAAUAAAAAUUUUGUAAAAUGGCA